CACACACACACACACACACACACACACACACACACACCUUUCUCCUCUUCCUUGAUGUGCUGGUCUUCCUACACAGCCCAUCUAUUUUGUUUUGAUGGCUGUGGUGAAUUCAGUGCAGAUCGGAGAAAACAAAUUCAUCAGCAAGACUGACUUACUGUCACAUCUCAAAACCUACAACCUUUAUUAUGAGGAAAAAUCGCUCCACUUGCGGCACAGAGAGGAGGAAGGAGAGCUGAUCAUUGAGGGUUUGCUUAACAUCUUUUGGGGCCUGCGGCGACCAAUCAGAUUGCAGAUGCAAGAUGGCAAAGAGCCAAUCGACUCUCCUCGUUUUCUUGCGUCCUUGAGACGUUCAAGAACCGGUGCGAACAUAGCAGAGUCGAAAAAACAGCACACCACACAGGCUUCCCCCACAAUUCAGGUCACAGGGCCUGAGGACGAAUCAAACGAGAGUUGUAGCGAAGCAGCAGGUCAGGACGGUGAAGAGGAGGAGUCAACUCUGCAGAGGACCAGGAGUUGUGUGACUGGGCGGAGUCUUGGUGGACGACCACAGCCUUGUAACCAACGGCGACUCAAAAGACAUCGAUGUUCCUUUAACGGCCAUUUCUAUAAUCUUACAACUGCGGUUUUCACGCCAGCGUUUGGUUCGGUCACGAACGUCCGCAUCAACAGCUCCAUGACGACGUCGCAGGUUCUCCGUGUGCUGCUCAACAAGUUUAAGAUUGAGAACAGCCCUGAUGAGUUCACCCUCUUCCUCUUACACACCAGUGGAGAGCGCCUGCAGCUGAAAAGGGAUGAUCACCCACUGGCCAUCCGUAUCCUACAUGGACCGUGCGAACAGAUCAGCAAAAUCUUCCUCAUGGAGCCUGACCAGGUGGAGGAGGUCACCCAUCAUGUAGCGCAGUAUAUAAAGCUAGAGAUGCCUGUGCUACAGAGCUUCAUUGAAAAACUGAAGGAGGAAGAGAACAGAGAGAUGGAGAAGCUCAAGCAGAGGUACUGUGAUUUGCGCCAUAUGAUUCAGAAGCACAUGCAGCGUCUGUCUGAUUAAGCUUUUUGUUAGUAGAUGUUUCAUUUCAUAUAGGUACUUCUCUCUCUCUCUCUCUCUCUCUCUCUCUCUCUCUCUUUUCUAUCUCUCUCUAUCUGUCUCUCUGUCUCAGGGUUUUCAUUUUUUAAUAUCCCUCCAAGUAAUGCAAUAUUACGCGCUGAAACUUUGUUCCAAUACAGUUUUGCUCACGAAUGCACUAUUAGGAAUUUAAUAUUAGUACGUCCUGAUUUUGCCAAGCGACAGGCAUCCUUGAGUCAACAAGGGCAGAGCUUACAUUAAAUUUGAAGCUUUAAGACAAAGCUAGAUGAGGGGUGGCAGCACGGCUGGCAAGGGCAGGACCCCUCAGGUGAUUUGAGGUAAAGAUUGGGGUAGCAAGGGUUAUUUUGUGGAGAGCAGUUGCCACCUUGUGACGCCAUGUAGCCACUUCCUUUUCAUUUUGUCAGAUAGUUCUAAGCAUAAAAUACUGCCCUGCUAAAAAAAAAAAACAACAACAAACAAUAGAAACCAUUGCAGAAAUUCUAAAGUUUUCCACUACAAAUACCCUUAGAAACCAUCACUUGACCAUUAAAACCAUUGGUCUUUAAUGGAAUCCACUAGACAUAACAUUCCACCAUUAAAAGGCAACAAAUUACCAGUAGAGACCCACAGGGACUAUUACAGUUUCCAUUAAAACCAAUACAAUUCCCAUUAUAACCAUUAAAACCAUGAGGGUUUCUAUUGUUUUUUUGUUUUUUGUUUUUAUAGUUUAUUAACCUUAACCAAGGUAGUCAGCUCCUCAAAAUCAUGAUUACUGAUGAUGUGAUGUGAUCCGGUUUGUGAUCGGCUGAUAAAAUGACAUUUAAAAUCCGCCCUUGUUGACCCAGGGAUGUCGAAUUACUCAGCAACAUCAGACAGUCUAUUAGUACAUUCUCUGGGUGUUAUGCGUUAUCUUCUUUACUGCUCUAAUCAGAUCACACCAUACUGCGCUGGGGAUUAGUGAAGAAUCUCACUGGAGAAAUUUGUAUUAUGUUUAAUAACUGAUUAAAUAAAAGCAGUUCUUGGUGGUAUACUAAGACUUUUAGUCGUACCUGUGUACUGAUAUCGGUCUAAUCCUGAUGUGAUCUGAUGUAUAUGCUGUAUCUGAUGUAUCAUGAAAGCAUUUAAGACCUAAUAAAAUGGAUAUUUUUUGUCUUAACCACA